UUCGAGGCCCCCAGCACCCCGCCAUGGGCCGCAGGAGGACGGCGCGCGGGCCGAGGGUGGAAGGUGGCCGCGCUCGGCACCUCCCGGGCCGUUCCCUGGAGGCUUUCGCUGAGGAGGUCGGCGCCGCGCUGCGCGCGUCCGUGGAGCCAGAGGCGGCCGAGGGCGAGGGCAGCCCGCGCGCAGCAGCGCUGCCCUGCCCGCUGGCCAUGUGGGAGCUGGGCCACUGCGACCCCCGGCGCUGCACGGGCCGCAAGCUGGCCCGCCUGGGCCUAGUGCGCUGCCUGCGCCUGGGCCACAGGUUCGGCGGCCUGGUGCUCAGCCCGGUAGGCGCCCAGUACGUGUCCCCCGCAGACAGACAGCUGGUGGCACAGUCUGGGGUCGCUGUCAUCGACUGCUCCUGGGCCAGACUGGAUGAGACGCCCUUCAGGAAGAUGCGAGGGACCCACUCGCGGCUGCUCCCCUACCUGGUGGCCGCCAACCCUGUGAACUAUGGCCGGCCCUGCAAACUUUCCUGUGUGGAAGCUUUUGCUGCCACCUUCUGCAUCGUGGGCUUUUCAGACCUUGCUGUCAUUCUGCUGCGGAAGUUUAAGUGGGGCAAGGGCUUCCUGGACCUGAACCGCCAGCUCCUGGACAAGUACGCGGCCUGUGGCAGCCCAGAGGACGUGCUGCGGACUGAGCAGGAAUUCUUGGCCAGUGCCAAGGAGAACCCCCAGGAGGAAGAGAUCGAUCCCUUUGAUGUGGAUUCAGAGCGAGAGUUUGCAAACCCCAACAGGCCUGUGACCAGUGCCCGGCUGCCCCCGGACACUGAUGACAGUGAUGAGUCUGAGGACCAAGGGCCUGAUGCUGAGGAUGACGGAGACAGCAGCAGCUGCUCCAAAGAGAAGGAGAUGCAGGAACGAGAGGCUGAGGCCAGGGCCCCACCUGCAAUUUGGAAAGGAAUCAAGAAACGGCAGAGAGACUGAAGGUUGCAGACAUGUAUUUUGGAGGCUGGGUGGUGAGAAAACCUGGAGAUGCGCGGGCACACUCGGGCCAGCAGGCCCUCCGGCAGGCCUG